GAUUCAUUCUUCAUCUCUCGAGUUUGUGAUGAAUUUCUUCUCUGCUUGUCAAUGGAGAUGAUGAGCUCUUCUUCUUCUACUACUCAAGUUGUAUCAUUCAGAGACAUGGGGAUGUAUGAACCAUUUCAACAGUUAUCUGGUUGGGAGAAUCCUUUCAAAUCAGGUAUCAACAAUAUUACUAGUAAUCAGAAUAACAGUCAGGGUUCUUCAACAACUCUUGAGGUGGAUGCUAGACCAGAAGCAGAUGAUAACAAUAGAGCGAAUUAUACUUCUGUGUAUAAUAAUAACUCUAUUGAAGCAGAACCUUCGAGUAAUAAUAAACACGACGAAGAACGGAUCAAUGAUAAGAUGAAACGGCGUUUGGCUCAGAACCGAGAAGCUGCUCGCAAAAGUCGUUUGAGAAAGAAGGCCCAUGUUCAACAGUUAGAAGAAAGCCGGUUGAAGUUGUCUCAGCUCGAGCAGGAACUUGUUAGAGCUAGGCAACAGGGAUUAUGCGUACGCAAUUCAUCAGACACUAGUUAUCUAGGACCAGCUGGGAACAUGAACUCAGGUAUUGCUGCAUUUGAGAUGGAAUACACACACUGGCUAGAAGAGCAAAACAGGAGAGUUAGUGAGAUUCGAACAGCGCUCCAAGCUCAUAUAGGUGACAUUGAGCUCAAAAUGCUGGUAGAUACUUGCUUGAACCACUACGCAAAUCUCUUCCGCAUGAAAGCUGAUGCUGCAAAGGCUGAUGUGUUCUUCUUGAUGUCGGAAAUGUGGCGAACUUCAACUGAGGGCUUCUUCCAGUGGAUUGGAGUUGUCCGCCCAUCCGAGUUUUUAAAUGUUGUGAUGCCAUACGUUGAGCCCUUAACCGAUCAGCAACUGUUGGAGGUGCGUAACCUGCAACAGUCGUCUCAGCAAGCAGAGGAGGCUCUCUCUCAAGGCUUAGAUAAACUUCAGCAGGCUGUUCUGUACCCAGGGACGCGCCCUACUGUCUUAAGGAUCCGUUUUAAGUUCUUUCUAGCUACGCUGCUUCAUUGGCUGGUCUCCGUCGUGUUUGAGAUUGCUUUCAAUCUCCGGACGGAGCUUCUCUGGGUGAUUUGCGGUGGUUGUUUCUUUCAAUUGAUGAAUUGGGUGGUUCGUUCUUGGAUUUAUCGUGACCCUCUCUUUGUUAAUACCUCUGUCUCGCUUUUGCACUCAAUUAUCACCUCUGCAUCAGUGGUUUUCAUUCUGCUCAAUCAAUGCUUAGCCAAAGGUUUAGACGAGAUGUUCGAUCAUUCUGAGUUGUGGGAUAUGCUUCAGUACCGGUUAUACAGCGGCUUAAUACCUUCCAUUGUGGUUCACCACCUCAUCCUCCUCGUUUGCUUCACAUUGGCUCUAUACCGAAAUGUAACCAUCAACUACCUGAUUCUUACUCUCAUUUGUGAGAUGCAUUCGAUCUUUCUACACGUGAGGAAGCUAAGGAGAAUGGCGGGAAUCCGAGACAGCAACACAGCAUUGGUGAAACUAGAGUGGGUACUAAACUGGACAGCAUUUGUGUUUGCGAGGUGCAUUCCUCACAUUCUCAUCAGUGUCAAGCUGAUCAAAGAUGCACACAAGUUUGGGAAAGGCCUGGAGUUACCGAUGCUAUGGUUUGUUUGUUGUAUGACUAGUGCCCACACAUCUCUUGUUUUAUAUCUGAGGCUUUGCUACUAAGUUCUAAUAGCUUUCAGAUUUGUAUGUAUCUAUAGAAAAACUAUAUGUAGAUGUUUUUUGUUGAUGAUUACAGAGUUUUUUUCUUCUUGGGUUUUGGAAAACCGUACCAAACUAGAAUUUUGGUUCGGCUUGAAGACUCGAUCUUGGUUUGGUUUAGUAUAUUGCUUCUACUUGUUACACUAUCUAAAUCUUUUUCUUGCUUGUCUUGUCUAAUGCGUUCAGGUUAAAUGGCUAACAAUCAUACUUGUACUUAUAAUCUAAGAAAUUGUUUGUUUUAUC